CCUGUCCCCUCCUCAGGCCCCAACCCUGUCAGGGACCUGACCGUGGAGAGUCAGACCACCAGCUCCAUCACCCUGAGCUGGACAGCUCCCGAGGGCCCGAAGCACCCUCCCUACACCUACUGGGUCUCCUGGACCAUGGAGGGCGGGGUUGCCACGGGGACCCAGAGCACCUCGGAUACCAGGAUCACAGUGAUCGGAAUGCAAGCUGGGACCCUGUACACCUUCACCGUGUGGGCGCAGAGGAACGGGGUCAGCAGCAGCAAAGUGACCUGCACGGGGACCACAGCUCCCAACAAGGUCACAGAUCUGCGGAAGGGAACUCAGACCAACAACUCAAUCGCCCUGCGGUGGGAGGCCCCCGCAGACCACUACUCUAAGCUCUACAUGUACUGUGUCCAGUGGGCCGGUGUGGGAGCUCCCCAGAGGGAAGGACACCCCCAAGGACACCAGGUCGACCAGAUAGCCAGGACCAAAGAGACUUGGUAUGUGGUGAAGGGCCUGGAACCCGGGACUUCAUACAACUUCAGCGUGUGGGCGGAGAGGAGCAACGUAGCCGGUUCCACACAGAGCCUCCGCGCAUCCACAAAGCCGGACCCCGUCACCAUCAUCUCCUGCCCCAGGGUCUUGGGGAUCUGCACCUUGAGUUGUCUGUCUCAAUUCUCAGCUCCCAACAAGGUCACAGAUCUGCGGAAGGGAACUCAGACCAACAACUCAAUCGCCCUGCGGUGGGAGGCCCCCGCAGACCACUACUCUAAGCUCUACAUGUACUGUGUCCAGUGGGCCGGUGUGGGAGCUCCCCAGAGGGAAGGACACCCCCAAGGACACCAGGUCGACCAGAUAGCCAGGACCAAAGAGACUUGGUAUGUGGUGAAGGGCCUGGAACCCGGGACUUCAUACAACUUCAGCGUGUGGGCGGAGAGGAGCAACGUAGCCGGUUCCACACAGAGCCUCCGCGCAUCCACAAAGCCGGACCCCGUCACCAUCAUCUCCUGCACCAGCAUCUCUGGUGGCUAUGGGGUCUCCCUGACCUGGACCUGCCCCCGGGGUGGCUAUGAGGCCUUUGAGCUGCAGGUGGGCUGGCAGCAGGUCUCCCGGGACAACACCUCCUGCGGGAGGGGCGUGUCCGUGUCCGACCUCCAGCCCGCUCAGUCCUACGCAGCCACGGUCAGCACCAUCUGGGACGGACUGAGGGCCCCAGCUGCCUCCGUGACCUGCCACACGGAGAGUGCAGGGGUCAUCGCCGGGGCCAUUGUUGGGGUCCUGCUGCUCCUCACCCUGGUGGGCCUGCUGGUCUUCUUCCUGAGGAGGUACAAAAAGAGCCUGAAGGAACCAGCAGUCAGCUUCCCAAAGGAUAUCCCUGCGGCUGCCUUUGCUGACCACGUCCGCAAAAAUGAGAAGGACAGCAAUUGGCACCUGGCCAUGGAGGGCCACGGCCAGUCUCAGACGGUGGCCUCGGCUCCAGAAAACAGCAACAAGAACCGCUACCGGAACGUGCUGCCCUACGAUUGGUCCCGCGUGCCCCUGCGGUCCCUCGGAGGGGCCCCAGGCUCCGACUACAUCAACGCCAGCUUCAUGCAGGGUCUCUGGAGCCCCCGGGAGUUCAUUGCGACCCAGGGCCCCCUGCCCCAGACGGUGGGCGACUUCUGGCGCCUGGUGUGGGAGCAGCAAAGCCACACCCUCGUCAUGCUGACCAACUGCGUGGAGUUGGGCCGGGUGAAGUGUGAGCAUUACUGGCCUCUGGACGCCCAGCCCUGCACCCACGGGCACCUGCAGGUGACCCUGGAGGGGGAGAAGGUGAUGGAGAACUGGACAGUCCGAGACCUGAAGCUGCGACACGUGAGUCCCGCCCCCGCCCCCCUACCUCAAUUCCUCCCCACAGCUCCCUGAGACCACGGNGUCCCCCACUCCCCGGACCCCUUGCUGGCCUUCUGGAAGGUGCUCAGGCAGUGGCUGGACAAGACCCCGGAGGGGGGCCCCCCCAUCGUGCACUGCAGCGCCGGCGUGGGCCGCACGGGCACCCUCAUCGCCCUGGACGUCCUGCUGCGGCAGCUGGAGUGCGAGGGGGUGGUGGGGCCCUUCAGCUUCGUGAAGAAGAUGCGGGAGAGUCGGCCCCUGAUGGUGCAGACCGAGGCCCAGUAUGUCUUCCUGCACCAGUGCCUCCUCCGGUUUCUGCAGCAGUCGGACCCGCCGCCCACCCUGAAAAACGAGGCCGUCUACGAAAACCUGGUCUUCGAGAACGAUGAAGCCGUCGUUGUUUAGGGGAAGCUGAGCUUCGGGGCACGGAGACCCUAGCCCAGCCAGGCUCACACUCAGGAUCCAGCCUUUUGCCCCGAUUCCUGGACCCCUGGGACAGCAAGGGGCUGGGGUCCCAGACUCCUGGGCCCUGGAGGAGGGGGGCUGGCAGCCCUGGGGGAGAGAGGUCCGCUGGGAGCCGGGAUCCUGGUUCCAUGAAGGAAGAGAGGGCAGGGGGCUAGGAUGUCCUAGUUCUCGGCGGGAGGAGGAGAUCAGGGCCCCCUUGGGCUGCAGGGUCUCCCAGAAACCAGCUGGAUUCUGAGGAAGGAAGGAAGGGACGAGGGUCCCGAGUUCAGGUUCUGGCCACCCAAGGAGUAAGGUAGGCAGGAUCCCACUUUUCACUCCAGAAACCAAAUCUCCUAAGACCUCAGGUUCCCAGCACCCACUCCCUGUACAUAUCUUUCCCCUCCAUCCCAUAACUUAUUAAAUCGCUAUUCUCUGCAGAAA